AAUCGAUCGCCGCCGGAGUCCCCAAUUCCGCCGCCGCCGCCGCCUCAUUCGUCGGAUUGAGGGGGGUAGAAAGCGUGCGGAGAUGUCGGGGCGCGGCAAGGGCGGGAAGGGGCUGGGGAAAGGAGGCGCGAAGCGCCACCGGAAGGUGCUCCGCGACAACAUCCAGGGGAUCACCAAGCCGGCGAUCCGGAGGCUGGCGAGGAGGGGCGGCGUGAAGCGCAUCUCGGGGCUCAUCUACGAGGAGACCCGCGGAGUGCUCAAGAUCUUCCUCGAGAACGUCAUCCGCGACGCCGUCACCUACACCGAGCACGCCCGCCGCAAGACCGUCACCGCCAUGGACGUCGUCUACGCGCUCAAGCGCCAGGGCCGCACCCUCUACGGCUUCGGCGGCUAGGCCCCCAAGAACUUGGUUUGGCUUCAGAUAUAGUCCCGGUGAAAUGCCGGUGAACUUUGUUAUUGAUCGCAUUGUCAUUUUGGUAAGUCUAGUAGAGAAGUCAUUGGAGUAUAAGAUUUCUACAGUCCAAUAAAAAAUAUCUUGAAAUUAUAGUAUUUUACGGUACCAAAUUAUCGUUGAUUGUUGGAUUUAAUAAUGUCUAUUCUGUUCAGCUAGGUUUAAUGGUAGGAAAUGAUUUUGUAAUAUGAUGUAUCGGUAUCGGCUGGUCAAAUUAGUUGGAGGGUUGGAUAUGGGCACGUGGAGAGUCCAAUAGAUGGAUUGUUGGAGAUGUUCUUAGCAUCUCUCCUUCGACCCUGCAGUGCCACUCUUCUUGUACAGGAAUAAUUAACUUUUUACACUCUUAAAAAUGGUAUUAAUAUAUUUGCU